UUUAGUGUGCUUUCCAGCAAGAUAGUGUAACAGUGUCUACUAGUGUGAGUGAGACACACUGAUAUGUUCUUUCUCACACUAAUGGACACUGUGUUACACUGUGUCUUGCUGGAAAGCACACUUAUUAUAGAAACUCUAUUCGGAAUGGUUUUCGAGAGCUCAAUGGCGUGAGUCGUGAGAUGUGGAUUGUCGAAUUUGUCUGGUCAGUGUUGGUGUACCAGUGCCGAGUGUCGGUCGCAUCGUCAGUUCGUCAGUUGGUAGUGGUUAACGAUUGAGGCAAGUUAAGGCUGGUUGACGUUUACAGCAUCACUCGCGCGAUCGGCAGUGCUAUUGUCCGCGCUACUUCGCGGGUGGUAGCUUGAUAGGCUGACAGAAUAGGCUACUAGACUUGCACUGCGCUUAGUGCUCCAAUGCUCGUAUUCGCAGGUGGAUUGCAUGACAUGUACAGUCGCGCAUACUACGGAGAAUUGGUCGCGACGGGUGUGUUUAUGACAAUCUGAGGAAGAGAGAAAGACAGAUCCUUUGUACUAAUCGAUGCAACGCGUCUGUAUUACGUCAGUUUUUCAAGUCUUCCAUCGAGAUUUCGCAGCACAUUUAUGAUGUAGACGUCCCUCGAGACGCAUCAGGCGAGCCUCGGGGAAACGGACAUUUGUUCCUGCAUUUGAAAAGUAAUAAGUAAUAACCAAAGAUUCCAAAAUUCUUUUCAUCAUGCCGAUGGAAUUUUUGGAGCGGUUACCAGUUCCGAAUCUUCGGGUAUAUACCGCCAUAAGCUUCACCAUAUUGUCCUGCUCCAUAUACUAUGCAACCCAAAUAAUCAAGGAUCCUGCUUGGAGAACGAAUCACACGCACGUCGAUGUGACAGUAGCCUAUCCUGGAAACGGCAUUGAUCCAACUGAUCCGAGAAGUUUUGGCACGCAUCUUAAAGAACUCUUAGAAUGUAUGGUGGUGGAGCCUGUAUGUGUCUGGCUGUCUUUUUCACCCACCACGCCAGGAUGGAGUCAUGCGCGACUUCUCGGAUUGUUGGCGACAAUUCUUGUGCUAUCUUUCUUUAUGCUUUUAUUCUGUAUCGCUGCAGCCUUCUUCUUCAUAUCUUUCAAUACUUUUGCUUUUAUGGCAGCUGAGUGUAUUCUACUUGGAGUCCGUACGAUUCACGUCAUGUUGCGCUAUGUGAUUCAUUUGUACGAUACUCGCGGCGCUGGCACUUCGGCGCAACGCUCUUGGGAUAAACGUGGUCCAUUGACCUAUUAUACAGAUUUGAUUUCGGAAUUGAUUGUGCUGGCAGUUGAUUUUUUUCAUCAUGUUCACAUGCUUCUGUGGAGUAAUAUCUUUUUAAGCAUGGCAUCGCUAGUGAUAUGUAUGCAACUGAGAUAUCUGUUUUAUGAAAUACAACGGAGAAUCACGAAACACAGAAACUAUUUGGCUGUACUAAAUCAUAUGGAGCAGAAUUAUCCAAUGGCUUCGCAAGAUGAGCUAGCUGAGAAUUCUGAUAACUGCGCGAUAUGCUGGGAGAAGAUGGAAAGCGCUCGUAAAUUACCCUGUACUCACUUGUUUCACAAUUCGUGCUUACAAUCCUGGUUAGAACAAGACACAUCAUGUCCCACGUGUCGAUUGGGUUUGAGUAUGCAAGCGAAUCACAGAGAGAAUACUCCAGAGAUGCCGCCCGAGCCACAGACUCCUACGAGAAGAAAUGGUAACCAUUUCUUUCUUUUUCUCGAUGCAUCAAGAUACGUAUCUUGGUUGCCUAGUUUCUCUGUCGAGGUCUCGCACAACAGAUUACGUGGUAACAUAUCUACAAUGGCACAUACUAAUUCCCAAAUGGAUGCUAUGGCGAGACAGGUACAAUUACUUUUUCCCCAUUAUUCUCGCAAUGUAAUCCUAGAAGAUCUCAGAAUGACUCGAUCUGUUGAAUGGACAAUUGAGAAUAUACUCGAUGGAGUAUUAACUAUACCACAUCAUUUAAUUGAAGAACCGCAAGAAGAAUCCGUCCCACAAAUACAAACAACUAUGACGAAUAUUAUGCCCAGUUCUUCAAUUCAGAAUGCAUCGGAUCCUAGAUUCGAUAUUCCUUUUGCCGAUAGUGGAGAAGAACCUUCAAGCCUUGGUGGUCGUUUCUCGAAAUCAUCUGCUGAGAGAGAACUUAUACUUCAACGACGAAAAGAACAUAUGCGAUUAACAGCACGCAGAAGGUAUUUGGAAAAACAUCGGAAAUCCGAGAUUGAUUCAACAAAUUUGCAAAUGACGAAUACUGAAAACAUUGAAAAUAAUACAUCCUAGAGAUAUAUAUAUAAGCAGAGAUAAGAUCGAUAAUGUGACUUUGAAUUUACAUUAUCUAAAACUUCAUAGAAUUGAUCAUGGUGGAAGGAAAGUAAGGUGUGCUUAUACUGAAGACGCGUUUUCGUAUUUUUCUGCGCAUUGUACCAGCGGCCUCCAUUUUUAAAUUCCUGUGUUUAUAUAAAUGAUACGUCAUUUAAAUUUGCUAAAAAAUGGCGGCCACUGGAACAAAAUUUCAUUGGCUGUUCAGAAAUAUGCGUAAUAGCACACCUUACUUUCUUUCCACCAUGGAAUUGACAUAAAAUUGACAGAUUAUUUACUUUUUUUUCUUGAAUUUGAGGUAAGGAAUUCGUGGAACAUACGUGAUGCUUACUUUUUGCUGAUAACUGAUUAUUAAAUACAGCAAGAGUGAGUCGAAAGAUCUCUUUAUGUAUUUAACAAUUAGUGUUUCUUAACGUUCUGAAAAUGAUAUCAAGAGAUUAGAUGCCGCGUUUAAGAAUACGACAGAUAAACGAUAUACUCAUGGACGAUUAGUAUCGAAUUACACUGGCGCAAAAAA